CCAACACUAGCACUCGCGCAGCAGCCAGUCAGUCCCCAGAAUCACUGCGAGUACUACCGACCCAUAAGCUCCCGCUGAGGUCACAUGUGCCGCGUCUGAGCCUGAGGGACACAAGUUGAGUCCCAUCGUAAUAUAUCAUCCACAGUCAUGAAGGUGGAACGCGCUAGCUCUGUGUGUUCUGAUGACGCGCCUCUCCCCGACUCUAUCAUGUCGACAGGAGAGUCGUCCCCUUUGGCAUCCCCACAGCCAUCUCCUGCACCCCUCACCGACCCCUACGAUGACCAGCGGCUCUACUCGCCCGCCUACACGGCACACAGCCCCGCCUACAGCACCACCAGCAAUAGCAGCAGUAGUAGCAGCGGGAGCACGGGGGGCGCCUCUCCCACCUACAGCUGUCCUGCCAGCCCCGGCUACCAGCGGUCUGCCUCGCCCGACUUUGGGUUCCAGUUCCGCCGACUCUGGGUACCCCGGAGUGGAGCAGUUUGGGUGCCAAGCAGAGUUCGUUCGAGCCGUACAGGACGGAGACCCACGAGAACUGAAGCGGAUCUUGACGAGGUACUCUCAACUGGUGCAGAUCAACGGCUUUACGGCAGAUGGACAGACGGCGCUGACGCAGUCGUGUAUGGACGGUAACCUGGAGGUUAUCAAGGUGUUGGUGGCGCACGGGGCAUCUCUGCACCUCACCAACCGUGACGGGUUUUCUCCCCUACAUCUAGCGUGCUGGCGCGGCAAGUAUGACGUGAUGCAGUACCUACUCCGUUCCGCUUCCAGCACACGGUAGUUGUUGUGAUAUCUUUUAGCUUAGUGACCCGUGCCAUGCGUGUGUGGUGUUGUACAGUGCCGUAGGAGCGGCAGGGACGGCCACGCUCGCCCUGUGCAAUACUGAGUGUUUGUGUCGCCCAGAACUGUGCGGCCGACCAGACGUGUGAGCCACCGUGUGGGUGGUCCGCACUGUCUCGGCUAUCAUGAUGUUACAGUCUGUGAUGUUGACGCUGUGUACCCCGGCGCCUCCCGUGACAACAGUGCACCCUGACCCGUGCUCGCCACCCCUGGGGCUCCACCACCUGCCAACACCAGGGAUGUUCCAGCUGCCGACAGCUCUGCCCUUACACACUGGCUGUACACCUAGGUCGCCCCGUCCUACAAGUUACCUCAGUAUUAUUCUUCACGGGCGUGUGGCGACUGAGGCGGCGGCCCUCGCCCUGGAGGGCAGCAGGAGGGCGUCCCUUGGCCCUGAGCUGCUACCCUAAGCUGGCUCCUGCCGGGGACCUGGCCAUCCUCUACCGUGCCCUCUACACCGCCUCUUGAUAUAAUUAUCUUGACGUUGUGAUUACUUUGUUGACUGAGUGAACAAGGAUAGUGGCGAGGCAAGUGAGUGAGGGAUGGGGUGCAGACGCCAGAGAUGUGCAAUAUGUGAAGGUCAUCACCCUGUGAGUGGUGUCAGCUGUUGAAAUGUCGUAAAAGUACUAUUUUAUUUUUCAAUGUGAUACACGCCCAUAACGACGCUGAAAUAUUAAUGUAUCUACUGAAGAAAACCUAAAACUGUGCUGUGUACUGUGCCAUCUUCACACGUAGACUUCGUAUCUUCACCUGGCCUGGACUAAUUAACACAGGUGCGUCAACACACCUGCAGCAGCUGUACCUCAAGAAGACCAGGUGCGCCAUACCUCACAUCGUUCCCUCCCUACCUCCGCCGUAUAACAACUGCACGACAAUUAUCAGGACUUCCUACUCCUUUCAGAAGUGAGGAGGAAUACCUGAUGUGUUAAUUUCCGCGGUGGUGUCGACGGAAAUGUGUAACUGGGAAGGGAGGGAGUGUGACAGGUGGUGAGACUCUUCGAUGGUGUUGGUGGGCAGCAGAAAGCAAGUAACUCCUCAGCGAGUUCUUGCUAGGCCAGUAGGACGGAGAAGACCUGGUGACGUCACAUCCUCGUUCCUGAGGCCGCAGCAGUGACACUGAGGAUCCUAUAUGACGCCGCUCCCAUGAUCCUCUCCCAAGUACCAGCUCUUGGGGCAGAGAUCCUCACGGGAGAGUUGCUGAAGUCGAGAAUCCUCAAGUCCUGUGUGAAGCUCAUAGGAAUGAUGGUUUACGAGUCCACGGCUUCCCAGCUACUAAGAGAAGAAGGGGCGCCUCUCUCCGGGAGGUGCAGGAGCCUCCUCACUUCUGCAGCAGCGCCGUGUUGGUGUCCCACAGGCGUGUGGGUGUCCUGCGGGCGUGUGGAGAGUGCGGAUGCGACCUUCUCGGGUGGUCAUCAUACUUGUUGAUGGCGUUACAGUGAUACACUUGAUCGUGCCUUAAGAAUUAUGUUAAGUUGUUGUUAUCUGUUGAGAUGUUUCCUUAUUUACAACAGUGUUUGUUUUGAUCUUCAUCUGCGGGUGGAGCGUUGUAUUAUCAACUUCAGAUAUGAUCAUAUAUUUCUGAAUUAUAGUUAUAUUUUUAUA